ACCAAUACUCACUUCACGCUCAAAAAAAAACCUUCAUCAUGGCAUCUACUACUGCUGCCGAUCUCCAGGGGCCGUCCCAUCCGAAUCCAGCAGGACUCAACACAUCGGCGAGCACGCAAUUCGCUCCCGUCAACAUCGGCACGCGCAACUCGGUACUCGCACAGAUACAGGCUCGAGCCGUGGAGAGAAGCCUAAAAGAUGCAUAUCCCGAACGGACAUACAACAUAUGUCCCGUCAUAGUGCAAGGGGACAGGGACAAGAUUACUCCCCUUCAGCAAUUGAGCCAGGGCGAAAAUGCGAAGAGUUUAUGGACGGGCGAAUUGGAGAGCAUGCUCGAAUCUGGGGAUCUGGACAUUAUUGUGCAUUGCUUGAAGGACAUGCCUACUCAAUUGCCGGAUCACCUCGAACUUGGUGCCAUACUCGAGCGCGAAGACCCCCGCGAUGCCCUCCUCGUGUCCCCUCGUCUUCCCAAAGAAACUACAUUGGCCACAUUGCCCCAAGGCGCUACCAUUGGCACGUCAUCUGUACGCCGGGCCGCUACGCUGAGAAAAUUGUAUCCACACCUGAAGUUUGCCGACUUGAGAGGCAACGUGGGGACAAGGCUGGCCAAGCUUGAUGCCGAAGAUUCACCAUAUUCGGCUAUCAUACUGGCAGCUGCUGGAUUGAAGCGCAUGGGGCUCGACAACCGGAUCACACAAUAUCUGAGUAGCACCAGCGGAGGAAUGCUUCAUGCUGUAGGCCAGGGUGCGCUGGGUAUUGAAAUCAGGAAGAAUGAUGAGGCCAUGAAGGAGCUCAUGAGCAAGAUCCGAUGCGAGAGGACCACAAGAGCAUGUUCAGCAGAACGGGCACUACUAAGGACUCUCGAAGGAGGCUGCAGUGUACCCAUUGGAGUUGAGACAUCUUGGAAGGGUGGCAAGGGUCUCUCUGUAGGUCCACAGCCAGCAAAAGAUUACGACAAGCAUGGCAAUGCUGUUGAAGAGGAUGAGCCUGACGUUGAUGACCAGGAGCUAGUAAUGAGGGCGAUGGUUGUAAGUGUCGAUGGCAAAGAAUCGGUUGAAUACGAGGCAACACGGAAAGUCCGCAAUGCAGAAGAAGCGGAAGAGAUGGGACGUGAGGUGGCUAAGAUAUUGAUCGAGAAGGGUGCAGACAAGAUCCUGGAAAAGAUCAACGUAGAGAAGCAAUGGGCUGCGAAGAAGCAACUGGAGGAGCUAAAGGCAAAGUCCGCCAGCUCAUCGUAGGUUGAUCGAUGAAGAAUGAUGCUCACUGUAGGAGCUUCAAUUUCCAUCAACUGAUCCACAGCAUAUUUAGCACAUGAUUGAACGUAUGUCACAAUCC